UGUCUUCCUCACAGUGUGUGUGUGUGUGUGUGUGUAUUUGCAUGAGUGUUUACGACGGCUGAUGGACUGUACGUGUUUGUGCCAUUUUCCAUGAUGCCGUUCGCUGAUUGGCACAGCCGGUGCUCCGAGGUUCUCCCAGGGCGCCCUCUGAUUGGAUUGUCUGCGGGAGGUGAAUGAUUUGAUUGUGAGCCGUGGCUGGCUUUGGAAGUGAUGAACGAUCGCUGCCCUGGGACUGCAUACUCAGACCCUGAAGGCUGCGGCGUGACAACAACACACGGAGCGAGAAACGGAGAGAACGACAAACAUCUCGACUCCAAAAAGAGAAGGAACUCAAAGAAGCUCUGAUAAGUGCGUGCUCUGGGAGAGGAGCAUGUUGUGGCUGUGAUGUCGCUGGACAUGGAGAAGGCCGUCACUAAGCUCAUGUACGACUUACAGCGGAACUCCACCUCUGACGACGACUCAGGCUGUGCACUGGAGGAAUACGUGUGGGUACCGCCGGGUUUGAGCCCCGAGCAGGUACAUCAGUACUACAGCUUCCUGCCGGAGGACAAGGUGCCGUACGUGAACAGCAUCGGGGAGAAGCAUCGCAUCAAGCAGCUCCUGCAUCAGCUCCCACCUCACGACAACGAGGUCCGUUACUGUAACACCCUGGAUGAGGAGGAGAAGAGGGAGCUGAAGAUCUUCAGCAAUCAGCGCAAACGGGACAACCUGGGCCGUGGCAGCGUGCGACCCCUCCCCCUGACCGUCACCGGAGCCUCCUGUGAGCAGUGCCGAGGACAGAUCAAUGGCGGGGACAUUGCGGUGUGUGCGGCGCGGGUGGGCCAUGGAAUGUGCUGGCACCCUCACUGCUUUGUGUGUUCGGUGUGUGACGAGCUGCUGGUGGACCUCAUCUACUUCCACCAGGAUGGCAAGAUCUUAUGCGGCCGCCACCACGCCGAGAGGCUCAAGCCCCGCUGCUCCGCCUGCGACGAGAUCAUCUUUUCGGAUGAGUGUACGGAGGCGGAGGGAAGGCACUGGCACAUGAAGCACUUCUGCUGCUACGAGUGCGCGGCCCCGCUGGGGGGCCAGCGCUACAUCAUGAAGGACGGACGGCCCCACUGCUGCAACUGCUUCCAGUCGCUCUACGCCGAGUACUGCGACGCCUGCGGAGAACACAUAGGUAUUGACCAGGGCCAGAUGACGUACGACGGGCAACACUGGCACGCCACCGAGGAGUGUUUCUGCUGCGCCCGCUGCAAGCAGUCUCUCCUGGGCCGCCCCUUCCUGCCCAAGCAGGGCCAGAUCUUCUGCUCGCGCUCCUGCAGCACAGGCGAGGAGCCCGACGAGUCCGACUCGUCCGACUCGGCCUUCCAGAGCGCCCGCUCCCGCCAGUCACGCCGCAGCGCCCGCAUCGGCCGCCACGGAGGCGCCAAGGCCAAGGCCAAGCCCGAGGGCCGGCAGUUGUCGGCCGCCAGCAACCCAGACCGCCUGUCGGCCGAAAUGGACCCGCUGUCGGUGCAGAUGGACCUGCUGAGCGUGGCGAGCCCAACCCCAAGUCGCACCCCGAGCCGCACCCCGAGUCGCACCCCGAGUCGGACCCCGAGUCGGACCCCGAGUCUGAACCGCGAGCAGGUGUGGAUGAGCCGGGACGAGCCAUCCUACCAGUACGAGACGCCCCAGAGGGACCCGUCCCCGGCACCGCCCAACCCGCACCAGCACCAACACCAGCACCAGCACCAGCUGCUGGGGCAGUGCAACCCGCGGCCCCCAUACGUCUCCAGCCAGAGUCAGCCAGGCCCGGCGCCAGCUCACCCCGAGUCCUGGCCCAAAGAGCCUCCGGUGGGGCCUGGGAACCCCAAGAAGCCCCCCGUGAUGGCCGCGCUGCGGGGCCACUCCUUCAAUGAGAACUGGAUGCACCACAGCCAGGACACAGAGUUCCGCACGCCCAAGCUGAAGACGCAGAUGAGCUUCAACGAGGCGUCCAGCCGCGCUGGUGGUGGCGUCGGCGGGGGCGUCAGCGGGGGCUUCUUGGACAAGCGCAGCGUGAGCGUGCAUGGCUUCCCCCGUGAGGUCCGUCCCCCGCUGCUGCGCAGCCGCACGCCCAUCAAUGAGAUGAUGACCCCACCUGAACAGACGCCACACGGCUCCACAGACUCCCUCUCACUGUCCUAUGCCACAGGCAACUCCUUGGACGGCACCACCAAGCGCCAGGAGCAUCUGUCUCGCUUCUCAAUGCCCGACCUGAGCAAAGACUCGGGCAUGAACGUGUCAGAGAAGAGCAACAUGGGGACCCUUAACUCCUCCAUGCAGUUCCGCAGCACAGAGUCCCUGACCUCUGCUCCGCGUCCCUUCUUUGACCUGGGUGUGCCCGUUCCUCUUAAGUACCCGCCCAUGCAGUACUGGGAUCCACCGCGCGGCCUGGGCUUCCAGGAGAAGGGCAAAGGUCGCGCCGGUCUGGCGGGCAGCAUGGGGAACAUGCAUGUAACCCCAGUGAUGGAGCAGAGGGCCCCGCCGCGGCCCCGGAGACCCAACGAGCAGGAGCCACGAGGGACUCGCCAGCGGCACCGCACUGGGGGCCGCCACCACCACCACCACCACCACGGCCAGCACGGGCACCAUGGGCACCACCAUCACCAUGGCCAACGCCAGUCGCGGCGCUCCCGUUCCGACAACGCCCUCCACCUGGCCGCCCAAGGACCGGGCACCGGUGGCAGUGGUGGAAGUGGUGGUUACCACGGCGACCCAGGCCAACCACACUUCUUCCGCGAAGACUUCCACGAGCGCUUCCCCCUGUCCCGGGCGUCCCGCGAGCUCUUCGCCGGGGGGAACCUGGGAGGGUACCGGCAGCAGUUCUACCCCAGGCCGUGCCCGCGGACGACCUCGGAUCUGACCCUGCAGAACCCUGGCGGCGGGUCGGGGGCUCAGGGGCGCGCCGGCCCCUACCUCAACGGCUAUGGAGAAGGGGAAGAGGAGGGCGAUGAAGAGCACUUCUGCUCCACCUGUUCCUCUUCCACGGAGGAGUCCGCUGACGAGGGAUACUUUCUGGGGGAGCCCAUCCCUCGUCCAGUGCAGCUGCGUUACCUAGACAACGAGGAGCUCAGGCACAGGUACAGCCCCACGGCUCUGGGAGGCCGAGGGCAGCUGCACACGCGCCGGCGCAGAAAGAGCAAGAACUGCAGCAUCUCGUAGGACCGUGUGUGAUCGUGUGUGUGUGUGUGUGAGUGUGUAUGUGUAUGUAUCGUGUAUGCGUGGAAGCUAUGGUAUAUUUGUAACAUGUGGGAGGAAGCACUUGUGUGAAUUUGUGUGGGUACAGAUGUACCAUGUACAGUAUGUGUGUACAAAUUAGCCUAUGAGUUCAUGCACUGAAUGUAUGUGAUUCAGUGUGUGUGUGUGUGUCAGGGGACGGGUUAUACAUGGAUGAGAGAUUUCUGGUGUGCUCAACUGAACAGAACAUUGCCUGGAAUUCAAGUGGAUGUAACUACAGUCUUUCAAAUCACAGUGUUACCUGAUGUUUUUUGGACAUCGUAUUUAAAAUCUUCAGUGGACCAUAGGAAGGCUACACACACUCAAUAUGGAUCUAACUUGCUCAUAACACACUCUAUUCUCUACGUAUGAACCUGAUAACAUGUUAUAAACUGUCAUUAACCGUUUACAGAGACUGAACUGAGAUGACUAGAGAUGCUACAGAAAAGAUAUAAAGAGUAUUAACUAUUAACUAUUUAAAUAUUGUAUUCCUGAGAACCCAAAUGUUGUUGAAAAAAGCUGUGCAAUAAGAAUGUUCUCUGGUGAUCUAUGUGAUGGUUAGACUGCCGCCCUUCAGUAGAAACUAAAAGGUGGAGUGGAAAUGGACGUGUUACUGUGACAACAGCAGUAUUUGCAGGCAGCCAUGACACCUGGUUCAGCUGGGUUCAACCAGCCCCAGGUGCUGCGGUGCGAUCCGGUGCAGAAACCAUCCAGACCCAGGUGGUGUGGUUUUGGUCCUGGUUUUGCGAGGAAGGCCUGAUCGCAUGGUGGCCCCUUUGAGAUCUGAUCUGCUGGCAGCAGAGAUGGGCGGUCCUGAAGGCUGUUGCUGUAAAUCCCCCCGGCGCAUACACAGAAGGAGGAGAGCGUUUGGCUGGACGGUAUGGAGAGGCAGAGCCAGUAGACAUCUAUGUGAAAGCUCUCCCUGCCCUACUAUAAAUAGACCCCUCUACCCCUUGCCUUCCCCCUCCCUCUCCACCCUCCUCAGCUUCUGCCAUUUCUGCAUCAAAAGAUUAGCUACUAUGAUCCCUUCUUCUCUAUCUUUUUAGUUUCCGUCUCUCUCUCUCUCUCUAUCUCAGGCCUUUCCCACAACAGCAUUGUUCGGUAUCGUCCAGUGUUUCAUGCAAUACUCCUUUCACCUCUCCUUUCCUCAGAGCGCUUGUCAUUCUUUGAAUUCUUGAAAACUUACAGUGUACAGUGAAAUCAUGUUCUCUAAGUUAUGGGUGUAGUACUGUAAAUGUAUUGUAAAUAUGGUCCUAAAUAUUUAUAUAUUUUGUAUCUUCAGAUGCAUUAUUUGUAUUAUAGGAUGUAGAAACAGAGCUGCCUGCACGUGCCCUUGCUGUUUUCGUCUCGUAUUGGAAUUAAAGGAUUAUUAUAAUAAACCCCUAAAAUGGC